UGGCGGUUGGGCAGUGGUGCUUUGAGCGGUGGGCAGGGUGCCUUUCCGAGGCCUGAGCGGAGAAGCUGUGGGCCGUAGGUGCCGCCUCCGUAUCUUUUUACAAGCCUGACACCCGUCCCUCAUCCUCCGUAACGGGGUGUCACGUGAGCGCCCGCUGGGGCGCGGGUCGCUGUCCCCGCAGCCCUGACUCGACGCCCUGGGCCUCGGGCGCGUUUCACACUGGGGAACUCAGGCUCGGAGUGCGACAGUCAGCCAAGGUCACCCCGCUCUGGGCCGCGAACGGGUGGCGGUCGGCUGAAUCCUGCAGGCCCCUCGGCCGCUGCCCCUCCGGGUCCUGCUCUGUGCACAGGGUCCUGUGAUGGCGGCGGCGUGGAUGGAGCCGGUGCGGAUGCCUGUGACCUUCGAAGAUGUGGCCGUGACUUUUACCCAGGAGGAGUGGGGGCAGCUGGACCCGGCCCAGAGGACCCUGUACCAGGAGGUGAUGCUGGAGACCUGUGGGCUCCUGGUCUCUCUGGGCUGUCCUUUGCCCAAACCAGAGCUGUUCUACCCAUUGGAUCACAGCCCAGAGUUACAGACAUUGAAGAGAGGCCUCUCCCCUAACUCCUGCCCAGGUGACAGUACAAAACCCGGGACCACAGAGCUUUCCCUUUCUCACCUUGCCUUAUCUGAGGAAGUCUCACCACAGGAACAACUGACUCAGCAAGCUCUGGGGGACUCCCAGCUGGAGCAAGGCAAAAAUCAGGAUAGGCCAUCAGAAAUGCUGGAAAGCCAGUUGAAACCAGGGAUAAACCCCCAAAUGGAGAAGCUCCCUGGGAACAUGAAGCCUGAACAUGAUGGUUUAGGGACAGGUGAUGGUGUACACUCAAGGACUGUACGGGAGCUGAUCCCUCCAGGACGUGUUCUCCACAAAUAUGACUCACAGGGCCUACUGAAAGAUCCCUUGAUUCAUAAAGGGAAACAUCCCCAUCAGCGUGAGGAAUGCGGGAAAGUGUUUACCAAGAAUUGCUUUCUUGUGCGACAUGAGCAGAUUCACUCUGGAGCAAAGCCCUAUGAAUGCACUGAGUGUGGGAAAACUUUUAGCAAGAGCACACACCUCCUCCAGCACCACAUGAUCCACACAGGGGAGCGACCCUAUGAGUGCAUGGAAUGUGGGAAGGCCUUCAACCGCAGGUCACACCUCACAAGACACCAGCGGAUUCACACUGGAGAGAAGCCUUAUAAGUGCAGUGAAUGUGGAAAGGCCUUUACCCACCGCUCCAAUUUAGUCUUGCAUAACAGAAGCCACACUGGAGAAAAACCCUUUGUGUGCAAAGAAUGUGGGAAAGCCUUCCGUGAUAGGACUGGUUUCCUUCGACACUACAUCAUCCACACGGGAGAGAAGCCCUUUGAGUGCAUAGAGUGUGGGAAGGCCUUCAACCGCAGGUCCCACCUCACGUGGCACCAGCAGAUUCACACUGGAGUGAGACCCUUUGAAUGCAGUGAAUGUGGGAAAGCCUUUUGCGACAGCACGGACCUCAUUCAGCACUAUGUCAUCCACACAGGAGAGAAGCCAUACAAGUGCCUCGAGUGUGGGAAGGCCUUCUACCGCCGGUCACACCUCAAGCAGCACCAGCGGAGUCACACUGGGGAGAAGCCCUAUGUGUGCAGUGAGUGUGGAAAGGCCUUCACCCACUGCUCUACUUUCAUCUUGCACAAAAGGGCCCACACUGGAGAAAAACCCUAUGAAUGCAAAGAAUGUGGGAAAGCCUUUAGCAAUCGAUCAGACCUCAUCCGACACUUCAGCAUCCACACUGAGGAGAAGCCCUAUGAGUGCACAGAGUGUGGGAAGGCCUUCAAUCGCCGGUCAUACCUCACAAGGCACCAGCGGAUUCACAGUGGAGAGAAGCCCUAUGAAUGCAUGGAGUGCGGCAAAGCCUUUUGCCAGAGGGCAAACCUCAUUCGACAUGCCAUUAUCCACACUGGGGAGAAGCCCUUCGAGUGCAGUGAGUGCGGAAAGGCCUUCACCUACUGUUACACUUUCAUCUUGCAUAAAAGGGCUCACAUUGGAGAAAAACCUUUUGAGUGCAAAGAAUGUGGGAAAGCCUUUAGCACUAGGAAAGACCUCAUUCGACACAUCAGCAUCCACGCUGGAGAGAAGCCCUAUGAGUGCAUGGAGUGUGGGAAGGCCUUCAACCGCCGUUCAGGGCUCACAAGGCACCAGCGGAUUCACAGUGGAGAGAAGCCCUAUGAAUGCAGGGAGUGUGGGAAAUCCUUUUGCUGGAGCACAAGCCUUAUCCGACACUCCGUUAUCCACACUGGAGAGAAGCCCUAUGAGUGCAGUGAGUGUGGAAAAGCCUUCAGUCGCAGCUCAUCCCUCACUCAGCAUCAGAGGAUUCAUAAUGGGAGAAACCCUGUCAGUGUAACAGAAUUGGGAAGACCCUUCACAAAUGAGCAGCCAUCAGUCACCCUCUAAGAGCUCCUAUGGGGGAAAGAUUUCUUGAAUGUAACCACUGAGGAAACAUCUUACUCAGAAUCUGAUCAUUCACACCAAAGAGAAACCCUUCAGUUUCCUUACCUAUGAGAAACCCUUUUGUUGCAGGAUAUCAUUUGUCAUCUAAGGAGUCACACUGGAAAUUUACCCAGUCUAGAGCCUUAUUCUACAUCUGAGAAUUCAUCCAGGAGUGUGAUCCAGUUAUUCUCAUGAAUUUAGCAUAACCAUCAGCCACAUCUUUCUCCUCAGUUUACACUGAAAAAUUAUCUCAGGGAUAUUUAAACAAAGGAAGAGAAGACAUAAAAGAGAAAUUCAAGCAUGGUUUCUUUCAGACUUCUGUGACCAGCCUAGGGUAGUUUGUUCCUUAUCUUAUUUGGGGAAGGGGGAGUGUUGUUUCAGAGAUGAGAGAGCCUUGUCCCCUUUAUCUUGUGUAUACUUCCACUGCUGUCCAUUAUCAGGACAGUUGGACAUUUAGGGUGUGUCUGAAAACAUUUAUUGAAAGCCUUUGUUCUACAGCUUCGUCUCUACCCUUGAGUAGCAUAAGCCUUAAUGAGAAAUAUGAAGGCUUGAGUUAUGAAAUACUGUUAAAUUUCAGGAGGUAAAGAUGUAUGUAUAAAUGGGCCCACUGUACCACACUCAAGAUUUUGAUUUAAACAAAAACAAAACAAUGUUUUUUCAUGUGUCUUUAACAACCCACUACUUAUACUUGCUCUUGAUCUACUUGUUUAUUGGUUUUUUUGUGUGAGGACAGCGGUGUAGCUAUGUGACCUUCCCAGAUGAAUCUGAAUUCUUCCCUCUGAUUGUGGUUCCUAAGCUUCUCCCAUCCUCCAUAGACUUCUCCCAAGUCCACAUCAGUUGUUUUCUAGGGGUUGAAUUAGAGCCAAAACAAAAUCAAAUACAUAGCUAAAUUAGCUUAAGAAAAAAUAAACUCAGGGGCACCUGGGUAGCUCAGUUGGUUAAGCGGCUACCUUCGGCU